GACGCAAGAACUACAACUUUAGAUAAGAAUCGUGUCUGGAUUUUAUUUAAACGAAUUGGAGUGUUUAUUCAAUUGUCGGAGUGAAAGCACGUCAUUUUUGUCUGGGUUGUGAAACCUUUUCCUUGCAGCCGAUUGUCUAACAUUUCCUCAGCUUGCGUGACGAUUCACAGGCAAGCAACCUCAACUACCACACCCCUGGCUUCGACCAAUCGCAUUCUCCCGACGUGGAGGCUCGUUCUAGGUACCAUGAACCAGUGUGUGGGAGAGAGAUCGUAAAACUUAUCGUACUUUAUAUAUUCGUGAGUGUUCGGGUCGCAACACACGUUUCAAGGCGCGAUUGUUACUUUCAUAUCGUGUUAUCGGCGUUAUCGAUAGUGGGUUUUUCAGUUGUCCAAGUCGGAUUUUACGAUUUUUCAAGUGAGAAAAUGGGUUUUAGAAGAAAUUCACAAUCGCAAGCACAAGCGGUGAUCCGAGAAAAAUGUCAAGAACUGGUUCUCAAUAACGCUCAACUCGAAGAAUACAAGAAAAAAUUAUUAAACGAUUUGAAAAAAGGUCUCGCAAAAGCGACCCAUCCAACAUCCAUUGUAAAAUGUUUUAUCACCUACGUUCAAGAUCUCCCUGAUGGAUCAGAAACGGGCAAAUUCCUGGCGUUGGAUCUUGGUGGUACGAAUUUCCGUGUCCUUUUGAUCGAAUUGAGUAAAAAUCAUUUCGAAAUGCGAUCGAAAAUUUUCGCAAUUCCUCAACACAUCAUGUUGGGUUCCGGUGAACAACUUUUCGACCACAUCGCCGACUGUUUGGCGAAAUUCGCCAAAGAUGAGAAAAUCCAAAACGAGGUUUUACCGCUGGGUUUUACGUUUAGUUUCCCCUUGAUGCAGAAAGGACUAACCAAGGGUAUUUUGGAACGUUGGACUAAAGGUUUCAAUUGUUCGAACGUCAUCGGAAACGACGUCGUCCAAAUGCUGAAAGAUGCCAUCGACAGACGCGGGGAUAUUCAAAUUGAGGUUUGUGCCAUUUUAAACGAUACCACCGGAACACUCAUGUCAUGUGCAUGGAAAAAUCGUUAUUGCAAGAUCGGCUUAAUCAUCGGUACCGGCACCAACGCGUGCUACGUUGAAGACCAGAAAAACGCAGAAAUGUUCGACGAACCCGAUCGUGGUUCCGGCAAAGUCCUAAUUAACUGCGAAUGGGGCGCUUUCGGCGACGACGGAGCCUUGGAUUUCGUACGAACUCAGUAUGAUCGUGAGGUCGACGAACAUACAGUGAAUCCCGGAAAACAAUUGCACGAAAAGAUGAUUUCCGGCAUGUACAUGGGAGAGUUGGUAAGACUGGCCCUCGAGCGGUUCACAAACGAAGGUUUGCUGUUUGGGGGUAAAGGCUCCGAUCAGCUGUUCACCCGCGACCGAUUUUACACGAAAUACGUUUCCGAAAUCGAGAGUGAUCCCCCAGGAACUUUCACACACUGCAAAGAGAUUCUAGAGGAGUUGGGUUUGAAACAUGCGACUGAACAAGACUGUAUUCACGUCAGGUAUGUCUGCGAAUGCAUUUCGCGAAGAGCUGCACAUUUAGCGUCGGCUGGAAUCGCCACUCUUUUGAAUAAAAUGAAAGAACCGAGGGUUACGGUCGGAAUCGAUGGGUCUUUGUAUAGGUUCCACCCGCAUUUCCACAAUUUGAUGAUGGAGAAGAUUUCAGAGUUGGUCGAUCCUGGGAUUGUGGUAUGUCACAACACGGAAAAAUUGACAAAAGUUCAUGUUUUUUUUUUUCAGUUUGAUUUGAUGUUGUCUGAAGAUGGGAGCGGACGUGGGGCUGCGUUAGUAGCAGCCGUAGCUUCGCGUAAACGGUGAAGUUAGCUAGUGGUUAUUUUUGUAAAUAUUAGGGUAUGUCUCAUACCAAACCCUAAUCGAUUUAGAAUUGGUAUUAGAUAACACAAGUAGCUCCUAACUCUAUUUUUUGUUAAAUUUUAUCAAAAUAAAAGUUAUUUAUUUGUUGUA